AUGCCACUCAAGUGUUCUACGUCUGGCUCAGCGCGUACCGCCACCAAGCGCAGCCGCGAGUCUCCUGACGUGGACUCGGAUUCCGAAUCAAGGCCAAGCUCUCCAGAAAUAAAAGUGGAGGCGCGACCGCGCGCGAAGAAGGCGAAGGUGCAGGCGAAGAAUUCGGUGGAGAAAACAAAACAUGACGCGUCAGAGCCUGCUGCGCCAAGUACCAGCGUGUUUGCGCCGAAUGGCCAGCCGACGAAUAAGGUGAUACCGGUGCAGGUGUCGUUCCCCGAACGUACGCCUGGCACACUUCGCAUUGCGACGUGGAAUAUAUGCGGUCUUGCGGCGGCCCAGAAGAAGGGAUUCAAGUAUUACCUAGAGGCUGAAGAUCCAGAUAUUUUAGUACUCACAGAGACCAAGGUCAACAACGAACCUGCUGAUCCGACUCUUUCAAGCCGUUUUCCGCACCGGUAUUGGUCUAUAUCGACAAAGAAGUCGUACGCGGGAACGGCUGUUCUCUCCAAAAUCAAGCCAAUUUCUGUGACCACAGAUCUGCCCGGCCACCCAGAUCCCGACUCAGUUAAAGGGCGAAUUCUCACACUUGAAUUCGAGCAUUGUUAUCUUAUCGGCACAUACGUUGUUAAUGCAGGACAGGGCCUGAAGACACUAGAAGCCAAGAAAGAGUGGAAUGUGCACUUCACGAAGUACAUUCGUGCUCUGGACAGGAAAAAGCCGGUCAUAUGGACCGGAGACCUGAACGUCGCGCCUACGGGAAAAGACUUGACAAACGCAAAGAACAACUGGAACAAAACAGCGGGGUACACCGAGGCGGAGACGGGUGCUUUUUCCCGGAUCCUGGAUCCCUCGGCCCCCGUGUCGAAAGAUGUGGGGAAGAGCAAAGAAAGUUCCCCUGCUGGGACGUUCGUCGACAUAUGGCGAAAGAUGCAUCCAGAGGACCGUCAUUACACUUACUUUUCGUAUCGAUUCAACUGCAGGAUGAAAGGCAUUGGUUGGCGACUAGACAUGUGUACGUAUGCUCAGUACUGCGACCUUAUCGACUGA